AAUGGACCCCCCUCCUCCUCCUCACUUCUCUACUUGAGUAUUGACGGCUUGACCUGGCUGGGCGGGUUGUUCCUGUCAUGUGUUUGAGUACGGUUGGAUGCAUGAUUUGUAGUUGGUCGGCGAGGAAGUCCUUUCUGCUGCCCAUCACGCUCGAAUGCGGUAGACUGUGAACUCCGUGAAUGCAGCAGAGCCUCGCUGAAACCAUGGCUGCGACGUACUCAGGGUGCUACGGUUCUACAAGUUGGUCAUCCAAGUCCUUGAGUGAGUGAUUGUGCAUGUCACAGAUUUAGUCGCGCAUGGGAAAUGUAGCGCGAUAUGACCUGAAUACCACUAGCAGCUGUCGUCUGCAGCACGUGGACCAUUUUUACUUGACCAACACGAUUCUGAUGAGCGGGGACAAUGGGUUGAGCGGCCCUACCUCCGCUGCAACCUAUGACGACAGAUCCCAACAUCGUUGUGGACGGACAGGACGUUUCAAGCUUGUCCACCAACGGCUUCUCAUCGCGGCCCUCCGCUCUUGGGAAUGGACUGUUGCGCUCCGCGAGAUUUUCCGUGUGCUGCAGCCCGGUGGAUGGGUGCAGCUCGGUGAGGUCGGCCCCUGGAAGGCAGGCCCUUUUUAGCGGUUGGGUUCUGAGGUCGUUUCUUUGUCUCACGGAGCUGCCUUCGCAGAUAGCAAGUCGUGCAUACGUCAGCCUGAUUGUAUCUUCGUUUCUUGCUGUUCGCGGAUAUACCUAGCUCGAAUCUAGACCUCUGUCUGCACAAAUGAGCUAUAG